AUGACUCCAGCAGAACUUUCAGUAUUGUUGAAGGAGCUGCUCCCCUCUCUCAGCCCUGCUUCUUUGAUUGAAAAUAGGCUGUUUAUUGAAAGAGUAUGGCAAAGAUCAAAAGAACUAGAGUCUGUUAAACGUGACAACAAUGGGAAACAACUGAUAAAAGAUACCGUCAAUAUCUGGAAUAAAACGCUUCAAAUUGUGUUUGAAGACGACGAUGAAAUGAAGCAUAUUGUAUUAAUGUUACGCGACACCUGUUACCAAAUUUUAAGAAUGGACAAAGGAUGGAUAAAGGAUAAUAUGUGGCAGUAUUUAGGAAUAGUUACAAACGUUUUCAGAUUAUGGAUAGAAAUAUUUUUAGAUUUAGACAUAGAACAUGCGUCCUUGUUGAAACAGGAACUGGAGAAGUUUAAUGGAAAGUCAGCCACGGAUCUCCUUCAAGUAAAGGAGUUGUUGAAAAGCUUCGCAUUUCAAUCGGAAUUUAAUGGAUUACUCAUCUCAUCUUUACCAAAGUAUUCUAAGAAAAAUGACUGGGAUUCCUAUGAAGCAAUGUUCAAUAAGGCGAUAGCUGUUGUAGAUAUUACUAGUGUUUUAUCACACGAAGAUAAGAGAUCAUCAGGUAUCGACUACCUGUAUCAAGUUUUGUUGAGUACUGGAUUUUCUCUGUCUAACAUGUCUUCAAUGUCAUCUGUUCAAAUUAUCGACUGGAUAUCUCGUUCGUUUAAAAAAUUAUUGGAGUUAAACACCGAAAUCCCAACUUCCCAUGAGGUUUAUGAAUUAUUAUUAUCAGAUCAACAAGUGAAACAAUUACUUGAUUUAACAGAUCGAAUUGUUUCAGAGAAGUGCAAGUCAAGUUUAAGAUUUUAUAUGGCAAGGGUAUUCAUAAUUAUGAGGUGCUGUAACUCGGACUAUCAAACAGAUCUUUGUGCGAAUUAUUUUGAAGCGAUGGAAAAAACACCAAUACCUCCUCGGGAUAGUGACUUGAUAGACUUGAAUACUAUGAUCAAAAGAAUGUCUAAAAGCAGACAUGAUAUUGGGUAA